UAUGACCCUCUUUCCAGAUGUAGAAGAAGAGGAGUCAGACAACUGUUUCUCGCAACUUUUUGGAACAGCAGGAUACACUCACUGUUCUUUUGGCGAUAACUGCCUAAAUAUGCUUAUUAAGAAAGGGGGCAAAGAGUACGUAAUAACUCAUCAAGUGCUUCUUGGAUUUAUCAUAAAAAUGGAGUCGUGUACGAAUAUAGAACAUCAAUUACUGGAAAAAGGAAUACAUCUCGAGAAACACAUGAACGAAUUAUGCACAAAUAAUUUUUUUGAAGUGGCUACUUCCGUUAGACUAUUACGAGGCAAAAUUCCCGCACAAUAUAGAGACUUGUUUAUGGAGCAGAUAUUUGUGUGUCCUUCUUACGGUUAUACUCACUUUUUACACACAUAUUUCUUAAAACAAAUAAUGUCCUGGCAACAUUCCAGCGGAUGCUUUGGUACUCCUGACAGUGUAAUGUCCGAAAAAAAUACCACAGCUAUAAAAAAUAUGAGGAGGUUGCUGGAGGAGAAAGAACUACCCAAUGGAUGUAUGAGUCAUGAAAGUGGGGUAGCAUGUGGUGCUCUAGUUGUAUUCCUUAGAUUCUUAAUCGAACAUCCGCAAUCAUCGGAUUCGUCGUUCAACAACCUUCUCGAGCAUUCUUUAACAACCAAUGUUAAACUCUUGACAGAAGUUGAAGAGCAACCUGUUCCAAAAAUAAUUGGUCAGGAUUAUACGAAUGAAGAAAAGAAAGAAAGCAACAAUGAUCAAGAUUAUCAUCAAUAUAUGGAUAUAGACGACCCUCGUCGUUCUGAUAUAAGACAAGAACUGCAAAGAGACGCUUCUCUGAGACAGAGAUCUUAUAAGAAUCGUUCAGAUUCAAUUCAUUUGUUUAUAUUUUUGUUAGCUAUAAUACCAUCUUUGAUACUGCUUUUCAGAUUUAUACGAUCUCGUAGGAUCGUUAUUCUAUAUCCCGCACGGUUUUGGUAA